GUGUCUACUCGCUGCAGCUGUCAGAUUGGGAGCCUCCUUCAACCCAAACGGCAAAAACAAGAGCUUAGAGAACAAAAAAGACACAGGAAUGCCAGUUGUCUGUGUAGUGCCGUGCUUAUAGGACAGAGCAGUCUAUACCAGAUUCUGGAGCCUCCAAUUCUCAACCCAGUGUUGCUAUGGAGUCUGGCAACAACUAUGUGUUCAUCCAUGGGAAGAACAUCUCCCACAACACGUUGGCUGGCUCCGCUGCGGGACCCCACAUGUCCAUUGACAAGCUGUUUCCGGCUCUCCUUGAGUGCUUUGGAAUAAUUCUGUGUGGUUACAUAGCUGGACGGGCUGACAUGAUCACGGAGAGCCAGGCAAAGGGUUUGGGGAACUUUGUCUCUAAAUUCGCUCUUCCUGCUUUGCUCUUUAAAAACAUGGUCCUGUUGGAUUUUGGAGACGUCAUUUGGGCUUUUCUUUGGAGUGUCUUGGUAGCAAAGGUUACGGUGUUUGUACUGGUGUGUGUGCUGACGCUGAUUGUGGCCAGUCCAGACAAUAGAUAUAGCAAGGCUGGUCUCUAUGCCAUCUUUGCUACCCAGAGUAAUGACUUUGCCUUGGGAUAUCCAAUUGUCGACGCUUUGUAUCGAAGCACGUACCCAGAAUACCUGCAGUACAUCUACCUAGUCGCCCCGGUUUCCCUCAUGCUCCUCAACCCCAUCGGCUUUGCUCUCUGUGAGGUGCAAAGGUGGAGGCAGGCCAGCCAUCUGCAACACCGUAGUCUUGGCAUUCUGGGAAUUGUAGUUUUACAGGUGUUGAAGAACCCAAUAGUGUUCAUGGUGAUAGUGGGAAUCAUCUCUCAUUUUGCCCUGGGAGAACGGAUCCCCUUCGUUCUUUCUGAGUUCAUAGACGGCCUGGCCAACUCCUUUGGAGGAGCAGCAUUGUUUUACCUUGGCCUCACUAUGGUCGGCCAGCUAAGAAAACUAACCAGAGACACUGGAGUUGCCCUGAUUCUCCUCAUAACAGCCAAACUCCUGGUAAUGCCGUUGGUCUGCAAAGACAUGGUGGACAUCUUGGACGUCGGGGUGAACAGCACAAGCCCGAACCACACCAGUUUAUCCAAUUUUGCUUUUCUCUACGGAGUCUUUCCAACUGCACCAAGCGUGGCUAUAUAUGCCGUCCACUACAACAUGGAGCUGGAGGUGGUGACGUCAGGGAUGGUGAUUAGCACUUUUUUGUCGGCUCCGAUCAUGUACGUGUCGGCCUGGUUGUUGACCAUUCCUUUCAUGGACCCUAGCCCCCUGGUGGCAGAGCUGGAAAACGUCAGCUUCAACAUCAGCAUCAUCAGCCUCAUAGGACUGGUCUGGACCAUCGCUGUGAUGUUGCUUAGCAGGAAAUUUAAUCAGCUCCCUCAUCUAUUCGUGUUGAACCUUUUCCUGGCUCAGUUCUUAGUGUGCGUUAGCAUGAUCCUGUGGAACUUCCUGGUGAAACAAGAAGAUAAUUUCCUCAGUAAAGUUCUCACCUUCACUCUAUUGUACGGAUCUCUGUACAGCACUUACAUCUGGACAGGUUUAAUCCCUCUGUGUCUGGCUCUGACUAACAGAGAUGAUCUGCUGAGACUCAGACCUGGGCUCUUCAUGGCUGUGGGCUGGGGGAUUCCCUUUGUGAUGGUUGGACUCCUUCUCAUAUCAGGAGAAAGGACGGAAACCCUUGACUCUGCUUUCUUCUAUGGCAGAGCUCAGAUAAUCAGCUCUGCUGUGGUUCUGGGUGUGAGCCUGGCCCUCGGUGCUGUUUCUCUCAUGGGUCUGAGCCAGGGGGACCGGGAGCAGAUCGGGUACGAAGCCCUUAGUCGAGCUGCUGUCUCCGGCAUCAACGACGAACUGAGGGCCCCUGCUGACCUGGAAGAUCAACAGCAGCAGCAGGAGGUCACCUCCACAAAUUCUCCCACCUGCAGCAUCAAUUCACGAGAUUUCCACAACAUUUCUCCUCUUCAGACCAGGCCUGACAUGAUGGCCAACACACAGAGUGAGCACGCUAACAGCACAGGCCACAGCGGGGCGCCGUGCGACGGACAGCAGCCGAGUUCAUCGGACUCGGAGCAGCCACUGGAUUUGCCACCUCCAGGUCUUCAGAACAGCGAUGAUAAGCAGACUGUGAGACACGUGUUGCUCUGUCUGCUGCUCAGCGUCAGUCUGCUGGCGAAUCUAUCCAGCUGUCUCUGGUGGCUGUUCAACAAAGAUCCAGGCCGGCUUUACCUGGAGCUGCAGUUUUUCUGUGCUGUGGCCAACUACGGGCAGGGUUUCCUUUCAUUUGGAAUAUUUGGUCUGGAUAAACACCUCAUCAUUGUGCCGUUCAAGAAGAGGUUUCUCAGCCUGUGGCACAGCCGAGACGGAGAGGAUCCGAGUCCCUCUGCUGUGCCUGAGGACGUCCGACUCACCUGUACCCAGUUUGUCCGCUACCACAAAGACCAGUGUGUACAAGACAUAGUACAUACUCACAGGUUUGGAGGAGUGAAGCAGGAGAAUGGAAUUGGACGUUGCCUUUCCCAUCAUUCCCAGUAUUUAAACACAAAUCCUCAGAGACAUGGCAAGUCACAGAAUCUGCACUGGAAUUACAGUCCAGACAAAUCAUGCAACCAAACUUCACUUCCUUACAACAUGGAGGCUCCAGAUGAACACCUUGGAUACAUUUCUACUCUUCAGGGACACGAUGACCUCUAUUCAAGCCUGCCCCAGUCCUGCGUCUGUGAAGGCGUCUUUCGAGGGAGUGACUUGGUGGACUGGCUAACGGAGCAAGGUUUGUGCGCCAGAUGGACCGAAGCCAAACAUUACGGCGUUCGUUUAAAGCGGGAGGGGGAGUGGUGAGCCACCCGACAGGCCAGCAGAGCUUCAGGGACGAGCCAACUCUAACCUACUACUUCCUACAGGAGGAGGGAUGGCCCAGGAACAUCUGAGAGGACGAACAGAAACUUUGGGGUGCCAAACAGGAAGUGCCUUAUGGUGAAAUUACCACAAGAUACUAGCUGGAUUGUUGCAAGACCCAAAGACUCUGUGCAGAAUUACAUUACCAUCAAAAUCUGUUUUACAGGGAGAAAAUCCUUUUGCACUGUAAAAGUAUUGAGUAGUGCUUCUCCAUUUUCAUAAGAAAAACAACAAAACUAGUCUCGACCUCUGACUGGGGGUCAUAAACUCAACAUCCAGGCUUUUCCAAUCAUUCCCUAUCUGUGCUCCAGGUCAGGGUACUAACACUCUUCAAUGUGGAGGCUGUUACUGAGCUACAAAGUGUCAAAUGUAGCUGUUUUUAGUGUCAGUUUGGGGGUUUGAAGACAGUCAAAUGUAAGAAGGUAUUUAGAGAAAGAGAGAGAGAGAUGAAGCAGAUAACACGAAGGUUAACUGAGUCAGAACAGCAGGACACUCUGUUUUAUAGUGUUUUUAAACAGAUGGAGAUCUCUGCUUUGUAACGCUAAACAUGAGGGGAUGCUUCAAAUAUCAACUUUGUUUAAAACAAUGAAACAUUUUUACAGCUAUUCCUCUCUCACACGGUUUGACAUGGCCUCUACUUCCAAUAGAAAUAAUUUAUGAUCGCUCACAUCAGGAAGGCAAGGAAAAAAUAUUGAUUUUUUCUUUUCUAUAUUCUAGUUCCUAAAAAAACACUUGUCAUCGAUAAGAUCUGUUUUUGCUAUCCAAAGUUUUACCAAAACUGCAGAACUGAAUUCUGAUUGGUGCGUCUCUAUCAAUGAAAGUCAUUAGCGAGAACUUAUGGAAAAAGUGUGUGGUACAUAAAGACAGAAACACUACUUGUUGGUCAUUCAGUCUGUGAGCCAGAAUCUGGUUACUUUAUUUUUCCCUCUCUGAACACUUAAUGAUGGACUUUUGUCUUAAACACUGGCGUUUUCCUCAUGAAGUCUGUGUGAACAGAAGGAUGCUCAUCCAUCAACGUGGUGACGUGUGUGUACCAUUGAUGCGAGGAAAGCAGACAGUUGGACAGACUGAGUGAAUGUCCAACUACACUCCAGAGGGUUUUUAUGUUUCAGGUGAGAAGAAAAAAACAGCUUCCUGAGAAAGCAGUAUUUAAUUUGGCAUGCUGCCUUUGAACUAGUUUGGUGUCUGCUGACCUCUUGCAUGACUCAGCAUUGAACCAUUUUGCACUGACUGAAUAAAAAUUAAAAACAUGGA